CCCGAUCCCAUCGAGUGAUCUCGCUCGCUAAUCUUUUCAAUCAACCCCUGGAUUGAGCUUGCUUCAAUUUUCAGGUCUUCAGUACUGCUCAAAGCUACUAUGGAAGCUGUAACGGUCGCCGCGCCUCUGGGCCAAGGUGUUGGAUAUGGCAUCGUCCUUGGGCUGGGCUUUGGAUUUGCUCUCGGAAUGAUUCUAGUCACCUUCAUUCUUAAACGAUACAACUCGGAGCUUCAAACAUCAGAAAUGUUCAACACCGCUGGUCGAACAGUAAAGAGUGGAUUGGUUGGAUCUGCUGUCGUCUCCUCCUGGACUUGGGCGGCCACUCUCCUACAGAGUACGGGCGUUUGCUAUAGAUAUGGUGUAUCUGGUCCAUUUUGGUACGCGUCAGGCGCAACAGUUCAAAUUCUCCUCUUCGCAACUUUGGCUAUCGAGUUGAAAAGACGCGCACCCAAUGCGCAUACUUAUCUUGAAGUAAUCAAAGCUCGUUAUGGGACAGUUGCUCAUCUUGUCUUCAUGGUAUUUGGCCUGGCAACCAACAUCCUAGUCAGUCUUAUGUUGGUUGUCGGCGGUUCGGCAACAGUGAGCGCUCUCACUGGAAUGCAUACCAUCGCAGCUAUAUACCUCUUGCCCGUCGGUGUCAUCGUGUAUACAAUGGUAGGCGGCUUGAAAGCUACGAUCUUGACGGAUUGGGUCCACACCUUCAUUCUACUCGUCAUUAUCAUUAUUUUUGCAUUGACAGCUUAUGCCUCGGGCGAUCAGCUUGGUUCUCCAUCUGCCGUUUAUGACCUUCUAGUCGAGGCUGCUUUCAACCACCCAGUCGAAGGCAAUGCAGAAGGCAGUUAUUUGACCAUGCGUUCAAAAGAGGGAGCUAUCUUUUUCGUCAUCAACAUUGUUGGUAAUUUCGGUACUGUCUUCCUUGACAACGGAUACUAUAACAAGGCCAUUGCAGCUUCGCCUGUCCACGCUCUCCCUGGGUAUAUCAUUGGCGGCCUUAGUUGGUUUGCUAUUCCUUGGUUGACUGCUACAACUAUGGGUCUCUCCGCUCUGGCGCUAGAGGGGACUCCUGCUUUCCCGACGUAUCCUAACCGUAUGUCCGAAGCUGAUGUUUCAGCUGGUCUUGUGCUGCCAUACGCUGCUGUUGCUCUUCUCGGAAAAGGCGGCGCAGUAGCUACGCUUCUCAUUGUGUUCAUGGCUGUUACCUCCGCCACCUCAUCCGAAUUGAUCGCCGUCUCCUCCAUUUUCACUUACGAUCUUUACCGUACCUACUUCAAGCCUGAUGCCAGUGGGAGACGACUCAUCUACAUGUCACACACCAUCGUGGUGGCCUAUGCACUUUUCAUAUCAACAUUCUCCGUCGGUCUAUAUUACGCAGGAAUCUCUAUGGGCUAUCUCUAUCUUAUGAUGGGUUGUAUCAUUUCUUCAGCCGUGAUACCUGCCACAUUGACACUCGUAUGGAAAGGACAGAACAAGUGGGCGGCAGCUCUCUCGCCCAUUUUUGGGCUUGCCUUUGCCUUAAUUGCAUGGCUUGUUACAGCUCAAAAGGAGUGUGGUUCUUUGGGUGUUGUGUGCACAGGAUCGAACAACCCCAUGCUUGCUGGGAACGUCGUCGCACUCCUUUCGCCUCUUAUCAUCAUCCCCAUACUUACUCUCAUUUUCGGAAUAGAUAACUACGACUGGAAGUCGAUGAUGGAUAUCCGGAGAGGCGAUGACCAUGAACUUGUCGCUACCGCAGGCAUGGAUCUAGAACAUACUGUUGGUGGACACGUAGAAACGGCAGAUGAGUUUAGCGAGGAACAGUCGAAGCUGAUGAGAGCAAGCAAGAUAUCAAAGUGGUCUACAGUUGGUCUUACGCUCGCAUUCUUGGUACUAUGGCCAUUCCCGAUGUAUGGCAGCAGCUAUGUUUUCUCGAAACCGUUCUUUACCGGUUGGGUUACUGUUGGCAUUAUUUGGAUAUUCUGCUCCCUCGGUGCUGUCGGGCUCUUCCCCAUAUUCGAAGGUCGGAAGACACUGGUGCAUACUUUCAAGUCUAUUGUGCUUGACCUGUCAGGCAAGAGACAUGUGAAGGCGAUUCGAGCGGAAAAUGAGGCCCAGGCGGUUGAUGGAAAGGCGACGUCUGGUGCUGAUACCCCUCCAUCUAUGCAGCAGGAAGCUGUUAGGGCUGAGACGAAGACUGAGCACCGUUGAUUCGAUUGUGCGUCUUCUUUUUGGAUAAGAUUAUAUACCUUCCUACCUAUCUACUAGGUAGGUAUCGGAGACGUGUCUGGUUGUGUGGUAAGAUACCCUUUAUUUAUGUGUUUGAGUAGGUACCCAGGCAUCUCGCCGUGCUAUGCAAAAUAAUAUCAACUUUUCUUUUCUGCAAUUGACGAGUACUGUAGUACUUGAUAGUCACUGUUGCACUUACUACCUAGUAUCCUAGACUGGAAAGCAUUCGUGGUGCAUUUCAUUCCAUAUUAGUACCUAGGUACAACUACUACGCAUUCACACGGU